AUGUCCUAUUACUCUUCAUCCCGGAGUUCAUCCCGGGCCACUGACUGUAAGGUCUACGUAGGUGACUUGGGCAACGGUGCCGCCAAAGGAGAAUUGGAGCGGGCCUUUAGCUACUAUGGUCCGCUAAGGACCGUCUGGGUGGCCAGAAACCCGCCAGGUUUUGCCUUUGUCGAGUUUGAAGAUCCAAGAGAUGCAGAGGAUGCUGUGAAAGGCAUGGAUGGAAAGCUACUGUGUGGGUCUCGUGUGCGUGUGGAGAUGUCGACAGGCAUGUCCAGGAAGGGCCGCGGACGCCCCAGCCGACGCCAGUUUGACCCGAACGAUCGCUGCUACCAAUGCGGAGAUCGUGGCCAUUACGCAUACGACUGCUAUCGUUUCAGCAAGCGAGGAGGCCGUCGCAGCAGGUCUCGGACCCGCUCUCGGUCACGUUCCAGGUCUCGAUCCCGUGGCCGUCGCUACCGAUCCCGUUCUCAUUCCCGCAGCCGUAGCCGCAGCAGGAGCCGUCGCCGCUCUCCAUCCUACUCCAGGCGCAGGAGCAGGUCUGGCUCUCCAGCCCGUUCCAAGUCUAGGACUCCAAUGAGAAGUCGCUCUAGGUCUCGAUCUCGGUCCAGGUCUGCACCAAGAGGGCGUUCCGCCUCCCGUUCCCGCUCCCGAUCCCCGUCGACCAAUCACAAGAGGAACAGUGAGUGCUGGGAGCUGCGCACUGCGCUGACACUACAGCUGAUCCCAGGCCCAAGGUCUGCCAGCUGGCGUCGUUCCCGCUCAGCAAGUCAAAACCGAAGUCCAACCCCAGCCGCCAACUGA